CGUAAAAUAAGCAACACUCAGGAUGGUAGAUGCGCGAAACUGGGAUUUGACCAAAAUUAAGCAGGAACUAGUCGUUGCUAGUAGAGAAUUAUCAAGCAGACGUCUUUUGCAAAGUGCUAAAUGGUGUGCAGAGCUGUCCUUUUCCCUGAGCAAGUUCGCCGAUGUUUCCCAAGUUAAGGAUGUGCUGCAGCAGGAGCCAGAUGAGAUAUUUCUUCAAGAGUAUGACAAAUACACCCUGGCUACAUCAUACUUUGACCUGAAGGAGUAUGACCGAGCUGCGUACUUCCUAAAGGAGUGUAGAAGCAAGAAGUGUUUCUUCCUUUACAUCUACUCGCAGUAUCUCGGCGAUGAGAAGAGAAAACUAGAUAAGGCCUCAGAUUCUAUUGGACCACCGGACCAUCUAGAGAAUGAGCAUUUGAAAACUUUGAGGAUAGAGCUGAGCAAGAAAUAUGCCAACAGGGAGCUGGAUGGUUACUCCCUUUACCUGUAUGGAGUUAUAUUGAAGAAACUGGACCUCCUUAAGGAUGCAGUUGAAAUAUUUCUGGAGUCUCUCAAGCUGGAGCCACUACACUGGGGUACCUGGCAAGAGCUGGUCCCUCUCAUUGCAGACAGGGAGAUGCUGAUGUCCAUGAGCCUCCCAAGCACAUGGAUGAAGCAAUUCUUCGUGGCCAUGGUGUUCCUGGAACUACAGCUGAAUGAGGAGGCUUUAAAGAUAUACCAGGAUUUGGAGGAGAACGGUUUUGAGCAGAGUACAUACAUCGUGUCAAACAUAGCGGUAGCAUUCCAUAACAUGCGAGAUGUAGAUGCUGCCUUAUCGUCCUUCCAUGAGCUGCAGCGUUUAGACCCAUACAGACUGGAGAAUAUGGACACAUUUAGCAACCUCCUGUAUGUGAAAGAGAUGAGAUAUGAGCUGGCCAACCUGGCACACAAGCUUAGCGACAUUGACAAGUAUAGGGUGGAGACAUGCUGUGUUAUUGGCAACUACUAUUCUCUGAGGUCAGAGCACGAGAAGGCGGCCCUGUAUUUUCAACGUUGUAUCAAACUCAACCCUCUGUAUUUGUCUGCGUGGACGCUCAUGGGACACGAGUUCAUGGAGAUGAAAAACACCAAUGCUGCCAUACAGGCCUACAGACAGGCUCUUGAGGUGAACAAGCGUGAUUACCGAGCCUGGUACGGUCUUGGACAGACGUACGAGAUACUGAAGAUGCCGUAUUACUGCCUCUAUUACUAUAGAAAUGCCCAGAAACUCAGGCCAAAUGACAGUCGGAUGAUAAUGGCCCUGGGUGAGUCGUACGAGAAGCUGGACCGCCUUCAGGAGGCCAAGAAAUGUUUCUGGAAAGCACACAUGGUCGGCGAUAUUGAAGGGUCAUCAUUGCUCAAGCUGGCUAGGCUACAUGAGAGACUAGGUGAGGAACAGCAAGCAGCUGGGGCGUACAAUGAGUUCAUCAACAAAGCCAAGGCUCAAAUGCCUGGAAAGUCACAGAGUUACGAGGGCCAGAGUGAAGCGUACAAGUAUCUCGCCAACUAUUAUCUGAGAAACAACAUGUUGGAUGCUGCUUAUCAAGCCGCUCAGACUUGUCUUGAGUUCACAGAGACACGGGAAGAAGCCAAAGCCAUCUUAAAGCAGAUUCAGCAUCUACGAGGGGAGAAACCAGCGAUGAGACAAGAUACAAAUAUGGACGAUACAUACGGGUCGAUUACAAACAAUGACUCCUUCCAGACACAUAACAACACACCACUCAACUUUCCUACUGUCAUGAAUCUUAGGUUUAACACACCUUGAACAAUGUAAAAAUCUUUAGUUCAAAGAUUAUGACAUGAAAAAUCUUGUUAGCGAUAGCAUUUUUAACCUUACCUUCAGGAAACUGGGUCAGAAUGUCUAUUUCUUCUUGAUUAUUGGACAUGUAACAAAUACUUUAUUGAUGAAAACUGUAAAUGGUUAUAUACUAAAAGUCUAAUUGAAGUAGAAAGGAUGUAAAUUAUUCUUUGUUUAAUAAUUGGCAAUUUACACUAAGUUUAAAUUGUCAAGAGCGUUGCUUUGAGACUAAUGGGCCCAGACCAAUAGAAAACUUUGCUUGUUGGGUGAAGCUUAUUUGUGAUCUAUUUUCAUUUUGGGAAGAGUCGAGAGGUGCAUGUAUGAAAUUCACUUCCUUAGCUGGUCUCUUGUACUGUAACUGAUGCUGAUUCAAGUCUGAUUGUUACUGAACUGUGUGAUAACCAGUAAGAUUGCUACAUCAGUCAUGAAGUUUCGCCCUUGAGUUGGUAAAACAAGACCAUAUUGUAAUAAUAUUAAUCUACUGACUAUGGACCCCGGCCAACAAUCAAGAGGAAUGUCAAUUACUCAUGGCCAGGGAUUUGUGUGUAAUUGCUUGUCACAUAAUGACUAGUGAUGGCUAACUGUUUUGUUUAAUACUUUAAUAGAGUAUUAAUGGUAAGGCCAUAGGAAUCUCAUCCAUUGCGCAUUUAAAACUGAUGUUAAAUUGUUAUCGCAUAAAUAAAAUUGUAAAUGUG